UAUGCCUUCCCUUCUUUUACUUGGCCUGGCUGCCCAUAGCUCACUAAUCAAGAGUGAUUUACGUGCCCACGCCUCGGCCCCAACAAUUUUUGGGUUCACGCGCCUUUCCCAUGUGUUUCAAAAGUGGCCGAUGGAUAUAAAGCUUUCUGGGCUGCGGGGUUGGACGAGGUUGUUGACAUACCUCUCCCCAUAACACUACGACGUGCUUCUUACGAUGGCUAUCCCAAUGCGAAACCCAAAGGACUCCAUGACGUCCACCUGGCGUCUGUGGGAUCGCUCGCAGUGGGGUGGCGGCCACUGGCUGAUCCAGCUCCUGAACGUGCACCAUGUCGAGCUUGAUCAAGAGGUCCCAAUUCAUCAGAAGACCGACAAGAUCCCUUAUGCACCAGAGCUGCAGUUCCAUGUUUGGAUCCUUACCCACGCCGCCCUCCCACUCGUCCUUCACCAACUCUAUAUCUACUACUUCGGUUACCCUCCAGCGUGGCUCGUGUUUUUAUACUACCAUGCCGCCUUCGAAUUGAAUUCCGUUCACGAAGUACACGUUCUCCGUCGCCUCGGCCACAGGAUCGGAUUCUUCGACGGGGACAAGCAUGCUCGCGAUGGUGUACCUGACGUGGGUGUCGGCAAGACUGUGCAGACGCUCUUAUCCACGAUGCUGGUCCGUCCAAUGUACUCCGUUUUCCUCGCCUACCGCCCCGAUGAGGGCCCAGUCUCGAUCCGAUGGGGAUGGCUUAUCUUCGAGACCGGCAUGUAUGCCCUCAUGAUUGACUUCUGGUACUAUAUCCUCCACCGCUCCGCGCAUGAGACGGAACACCUCUGGAAAUUCCACCGCACCCACCACCUAACCAAGCACCCUAAUCCUCUGUUGACCGCCUAUGCGGACACGGUGCAGGAGUUUGUGGAUAUCAUCGGCACACCGCUUCUUGCAUACGGUUCGAUGAAGCUAAUGGGAUUUCCCAUGGGCUUCUAUGAGUGGUGGGUUUGCCAGGAAUAUGUAGUCUUCACUGAGAUCCUGGGUCAUAGCGGGCUACGGAUGUAUACCGGGACAGCAAACCCGUGGACGUGGCUGAUGAAGCUGUGCAAUACGUACCUUCUCAUCGAGGAUCAUGAUCUUCACCAUCGCAAGGGCUGGAAGCACAGCCAUAACUACGGCAAACAAACCCUGGUGUGGGAUAAGCUGUUUAACACUGCUGGUAAGCGUGUGGAGGCGCUCGCGGACAAUGUUGACUAUGUCAACUUGGUGGAACUCCCUUUGCUAUAACAGUGGCGAGCGCCGCCUCAUAUUCUCAGGCAACAUAUUGCAAGAUUGGUUUCUAUGCUGAGAUUAUUAGCCUCUCAUUUACGUACGCUUUAGCGAGACAACAACUUAAAGGAUUUAGCUAAUAAACACUUAGUAUGGC